AUAGUUUUGCAUUUUUCAUAAUAAGAUUCAAAUAUGGCCAAUUUCUGUUAGUUCUCAGCAACAACGUCUUUGAAAUGGGGGUCGACUGAGUUUGAAACAUUUCCGGUCCGGUACAAGAUGAUGGAAGUUGCUUCACAGAAUGAGCUCCCUCUUUUUCCGCACAUCAUGGCUGACGCUACUGUUACAUUGAGAACCAGAAAGUUCCUCACCAACCGCCUGCUCCAGCGAAAGCAAAUGGUCGUCGAUGUCAUCCAUCCCGGCCGUGCUAAUGUGCCCAAGGACGAGCUCCGUGAGAAGCUCGCCAAGAUGUACAAGGCUGAGAAGGAAGUUGUCUUCUGCUUUGGCUACAAGACCCAAUUCGGUGGUGGCAAGACUACCGGUUUCGCCUUGAUCUACGAUUCUCUUGAGGCUGCCAAGAAGUUCGAGCCCAAGUACCGCCUCGUCAGACAUGGUCUUGCUGAUGGUUCCAGAACCGCCCGCAAGCAACGCAAGGAACGCAAGAACCGUGCCAAGAAGUAUCGUGGUACCAAGAAGGCCAAGGCCGCCGGUGCUGGCAAGAAAUAAAUGCAAAUGCAAUAAUAGCUGUUUUGCUUUUUUAUCACC